AUGGGCGACAAAAAAUCGUCUUUAAGCAACCUGGCGUGCGGUUUGGUUUUCUUUCUGAUUUCUGCCCUGCCCUGCUUUGGAGAUGUGAGCUAUUCUGUUCCGGAGGAGAUGAAACGCGGAUCUAUCAUCGGAAAUAUUGCAAAGGACAUCGGUGUGGAUGUUACAAGUCUAUCUGCUCGCAAAGCUCGUCUAGAUACUGACGGUGGCCACCGACGUUUUUGUGAUAUCAAUCUCAAUUCUGGUGAUUUCAUUGUGUCUGAAAGGAUUGACCGAGAGGAGUUAUGCGGUGAGAAAGCGUCUUGUCCCCUUAAAUAUGAGCUGGUAUUGGAGGAUCCUUUGGAGUUGCAUCGCAUUACCCUUCAAAUUCAGGAUAUCAAUGAUAAUCCACCAACGUUUGCUAGAGAAUUGAUCAAGUUAGAAAUACAGGAAUCGGCAGUUAAAGGCGCUCGCUUCCCUUUGGACGAGGCCCACGAUGCGGAUAUAGGACAGAACGCAGUUCAAAGCUACACACUACAAAGAAACGAUCACUUUGUGUUAGCCGUCCAUACGAACACAGACGGAGGGAAAUACGGUGAGUUAGUUUUAGAAAGGGAGCUGGAUCGUGAAGAACAGAAAGAGCUUACAUUAUUACUUACUGCUAAUGACGGAGGGACUCCACAGAGAUCUGGUACUGUAGUUGUGCACAUCGCUGUGCUCGAUGCUAAUGAUAAUAUCCCCGUGUUUAGCCAGGCCGUUUAUGAAGUCAGUCUGCCAGAAAAUCCUCCCCUAGGUUCUGUAGUGGUUGCAGUCAGCGCCACCGAUGCAGACGAGGGAGCCAAUGGUGAAGUGACGUAUGAUUUCAGUCGUAUAUCAGAUAAAACUAAAAAAGUAUUUUCUAUUAACCACAAAACAGGAGAAAUCCGAAUAUCCGGAACAAUAGAUUUCGAAGAAGAGUCUGUUUACGAGAUGCGCAUCGAAGGCAAAGAUGGUGCUGGACUUGCAUCUCAUACCAAGGUUAUUAUAGAAAUUACUGAUAUGAAUGACAACAGCCCGGUGAUACAUUUAAAAUCUUUGAAGAACCCAAUCACAGAAAGCGCAAUACCGGGCACAGAGGUGGGCAUAAUUAAUGUCCAGGAUAAAGAUUCAGGGGAAAAUCGACAGGUCCGCUGCUCCAUUCAGCAAAAUGUCCCUUUCAAGUUAGUCCCCUCCAUCAAAAAUUAUUACUCAUUGGUAACGACAAGCGAACUCGACCGCGAACUCGUGUCUGAUUACAACAUCACAAUUACAGCUACAGAUGAGGGCUCCCCUCCGUUGUCUUCCUCAAAGACUGUGCAGUUAUCUGUGUCAGACGUGAAUGACAAUCCGCCGUUGUUUGACGAGCAGUCGUACAGCGCCUAUGUGACUGAAAAUAACAAACCGGGCACCUCUGUUAUUUCUGUGAGGGCGAGAGACCCGGACUGGAGGCAGAACGGUACAGUUUUCUAUUCCCUCUUGUCCAGUGAGGUCAGCGGUGUUCCUGUGUCCUCGUUUCUAUCAAUUAACGGAGAUACCGGGGUGAUCCAUUCCGUCUGGUCAUUUGAUUAUGAGCAGUUCAGGAACUUCAAAGUGCAGGUGGUUGCCAGAGACAACGGUUCCCCUCCACUGAGCAGCAACGUGACAGUGAGUGUGUUCAUAACAGAUGAGAAUGAUAACUCUCCACAGAUAUUAUACCCAGCUCCAACAGGGAACUCCUUAAUGACUGAGAUUGUUCCCAAAGCUGCACACGCCGGUUCAUUGGUUUCCAAGGUGAUUGCUGUGGAUGCAGACUCUGGACAGAAUGCAUGGCUGUCUUAUGCUAUUGUGAAGUCAACCGAUCCCGGUCUUUUCACCAUUGCUGUCCAUAGCGGAGAGAUCCGGGCGCAGAGAGACAUUUCUGAAUCUGAUAGUCAGAAGCAGAACCUUGUUAUCUCCGUGAAAGAUAACGGAAAGCCAGCUCUAACUUCAUCCUGUUCAGUUUAUUUAUUAAUAUCGGAUAACUUGGCGGAAGUUCCAGAGUUGAAGGACAUGCAUUACGAGGAGAACAAUUCUAAACUAACUUCAUAUUUGAUCAUCGCACUGGUGUCCGUUUCCACCUUCUUCUUGACUUUCAUUAUUCUUAUCGUCACCAUAAGGUUUUGCAGCAGAAGGAAGCCCAGACUUUUGUUUGACAGCGCAGUCGCCAUUCCAAGCGCUUACUUCCCUGCUGAGGUCGAUGCAACAGGAACUCUCCGUAGUUCUUACAAUUACGACACCUAUUUAACAACAGGCUCACGAACCAGCGACUUCAAGUUUGUUCGGUCAUUUAAUGACAUGACUCUUCCCACUGAUCAGACGCUGAGGAAACCAAAUGAAAUCACUGACACGAAAGACAGCGCAGAGGAUGGAUUCAAAUGCGCAACUCUGCUGGAUCCAAAACAGGUCAACUAG